AACUCUCUCUCUCAAAUCGAAAGGGCACAGCCCAACUUUUAGCAAGUCGCUGUAAAGUUGAUUUUGCUCUUCAUUUUAUAUACUCACAUCACAUCUCCUCCUCCCUCAACAUCUCCUCCUCUUGAGUCCUUGAACCCUCCAUAUUCUCUUAACCCUAAAGAACGUUAUCAAAGAUUCAUCAAGAUUUUAUAAAACAACAAUAUAUCUAUCGUCACCAUAACUCAGAUCGAUCAACAUGCUAGCCGUUCACCGCCCUUCUUCCGCCGUAUCAAACGGAGACUCCAUCCAGGUUCCGUUGAUGAUCGCCUCAUUUCAAAAACGUUUCCCUUCUCUCACACGCGACUCAACCGCUGCUCAUUUCCACACGCACGAGGUUGGUCCUAACCAGUGUUGCUCCGCCGUAGUCCAAGAGAUCUCCGCUCCAGUAUCCACCGUAUGGUCUGUCGUCAGACGCUUCGACAACCCGCAAGCUUACAAACACUUCCUUAAAAGCUGCAGCGUCAUAGGCGGAGACGGUGGUAACGUUGGUAGCCUACGUCAAGUCCACGUCGUCUCUGGCCUACCCGCGGGGAGCUCCACCGAACGUCUUGAUAUCCUGGACGACGAGCGUCACGUCAUCAGCUUCAGCGUCGUCGGCGGUGACCAUAGGUUAUCUAACUAUAGAUCCGUCACGACUCUUCACCCUUCUCCGAUCUCCGGGACCGUCGUUGUUGAGUCCUACGUCGUUGAUGUGCCUCAAGGGAACACAAAGGAAGAGACAUGCGACUUUGUGGACGUUAUAGUACGAUGCAAUCUCCAGUCACUUGCUAAAAUAGCUGAAAAUUCUGCGGCGGAGGUGAAGAAGAAGACAUCCAUGUGAUGAGUGUGCUUGGUCGUCUUUGAGUAGUUUGAUUAGAUCCGACGUCGUUUUGUUGUUUUUAAGCCGUCGUUUUGUUGUUAUCAUCUACUUAUUUUUGUAUUUCA